UUUACAAAUUUAGUCUUUAAAACCCUUGAAUUCAUACUUUAAUCUCCUGUGGAAAGCACAAACCUCAGAAUAUUUUUUAUUGCGGUAACAAAAAAAUAAUAAUUAUCGUCAGUCAACAAAUUCAAGAAGUAAAAUUUUAAUAAACAAAGAAUAAUCUUGACCUGAGGAAAAAUCCUGUCCCUCAGGGAACAAAAGAAAUCUGUUCAUCAUCCACCGAAGACCUUUUUUUGCCCACGUACUUCUCACCCAGAAACAUUUCUCCAUUUACUCCAAAUGCCCACAUGUUGUACAUUGUAUCCCCCAUUUUAAAAGUCCUAAACCCCAAAAAAAAACAAUACUCAAAUACUCAAGAUGUUUAGAAAUUCGUCAGAAACCAAUAAAAAUGUCGUCAAAGUGUCAGAGCACAAUGAGCUGUUUCAUCCCCUUGAUGCUGCACAGGCUCUCUGUUUCUCAAAACCUCCCAAAAAAUUGGUUCCACAACGACUUCAACCUGUGUCUCAAACCUAAUAAUUUUUCUCCCACUCGCUGCCCCCCUCAAUUUCUCCACCCAUCUCAAAAACUAAUAAGAGCGGGUAGAAAUCCUCAGAACGCAUUCCACAUUUAUUCAUUCACAGUGGCACUGCGGUCCUUCAAGUAUGUUUAUAAACAGGCGGAUAAUAACUCCUACAAUCGAGUCUACACGCAACUCCAGUCAUCGUCGAUGUCAGUACUGAGGACUGACUCAUUUGGGUUUAAAGGAAAAAAAGGGGGAGUGCGAGGUUUGUAACAAGAUCGAUGGGAUUUCUCAGUUAGUUCGUGGGUAGUUGUUGAGUACGAGGGGUGCGACAAUUAAACUGAGCUUUUCACGCCACCAAUUCAAUAAUUAAGAAUAACUCAAUCGGGAGAAGAGAGAGAGAGCAAAAAUUUCGUGAAGAAAGAUGUUAUAUUAUUGCAGUGAAUUUUGAUUCUACUAAUGGUGCGGAAAGUGUCACGGGUGGAUAAUUCGAGCCCUCGAUGUAUCGAUAACGCAACGAUAAUUGCAAUGCGUCGGUCAGGGAAGAACGUGGGAUGUCGUUUGGAGACCGAGGGAACCCUGGGAAUCCCGAGGAAUAGAUUGUAUCCUAGGAGGAUUAUCCCAUUAUCUGGUGUUGACGGAUUUACAGGGAUGUCUAGGGUGCCAUUGAUACAGACAACGACGGCAGACGGCGAGAAUGAUAAUCCGCAUAAUAGAAUUAUUUUGGAGGUUGGCUUACCCGGUGAUACCUGGAAAUACAGCGUAGACCGUCAAAGUCUCGCGGAGAAGUCCGAGUGGUUUCGGGCCCUGUUGGUGGGACCAUUUGCACCACCACCAAGUGAUCCUCCUCCCACAGUGGCACUGCCUCAUGUCGACAAACGAGCGUUUGAUAAUCUGUUCAGUCACAUUCGCGGUGAACCGGUGAAUUUCAGCGGUGUAAUGACGGCAAGGGCCACCCUGGAUAUUGCCCACUACUACUUGUGCCCGGAAUUAGCAAAAAUGGCUGUAGAUUACCUCAUUAAGAACCUCGAUUCCUCCUCGGUUCUUGCGGUUUAUCAUGGCCUCUAUCUUUAUGCACUUGGGGAUGUGGAUACGGAGGAGAGGGUGCCCUCGACGCUGCCACUGCCGGGGGACGAUGCUAAUGAAAUUGCCGUAGUCUGCACCAAAUUAUUGUUGACCUGUUUGUCUGUCAUCGACGGGGCUCCAGACGAUGUGCUGCGUCAAGAGGCCUUCGAGGAGUUGAGCAUACAAGAAGUUGCCAAGCUCGCCCAACGUGAUGAUCUCAAGCUCGCCAAAGAGAGCGUUUUAUUCGGUGCUUUAGAUAGAUGGGCCGCCUCAGAUUGUCGAAGACGUGGAGUAGAGCCCAACGUCUCCAAUAAGAGGCACGCCCUGAGUGAUGAUGUCUGGUACAGCGUCCGGUACCUUCUCAUGGAUGACAAGGAGUUCAUUGAAGGACCUAUGGCUAGUGGACUCCUCAGUAGUACAGAGUCGGCGACCAUCGUAGCGAGGAUUCUGGGACAUCAGCAACAACGAGAAACUGAAACGGUGCAGAAUCAAAAUAUGCCGUAUCGCUUAUCUACAACUCCCAGAAGACGCAAAUCUCCGUCGAAAAAAAAACCAGCGAAGAAUAAAUCAAAGAGCUCGGGUAUGAAACCCGGGAAAAAAGAAUGCGAGGACAACAAAAAAAAUCGCAGAAAAGAGUGCGCUAGUCAGAGCCAACGCGUUUGUUCGCGCGUUGGUGAUUUGGUUGUUCGUGUUCUCGCUUGUGUUUUUGACUGAAGAAUAUUACACCUAGAAUGAUUGUUAGACUAAUCAAACUGUUCUUCUAAUUUCAAUUGAGCCAAGUCGUGAGGGCAACUUUACCAAUUAUUUUCAGACUGAUGGUCUCGACUUGAUUUAACUAAUUGAUUUUAAAUAUACGACAUUUUAUUACUGUUGAUCUCAAGAGAGACUUAGAGCAAUUCUGGUUGAUUGAUUCAAUGCCACCGAUUUUAUAAUGAAAUAUUUUUAAUGUUUUUAUAUGAUGAUAAUUGCGUCGAGAUGAAUUUUCACGUAAUUUUAUUUUUAAGUUCUUUACGACGUUAAGAGCCAAUCGCUGUGACCUAUAGUCUACUUGUAUUUUUUGGUAUUCUUUUUGUAGGAAAAUUGAUUAUUAUAUUUUUUGAUCAUCAUUAGUGAGAAUCGAUUCAUUUUUGUGGUCUAUCAUUAGCUGGAUUACAUGUUAAAUGUUGAUAUUACGCAAUCAGUUCGUUGUAUUCAUGGUUGUUAAGAGUAUAACAAUGUUUAAACUUUUAAUAGAAAUGUGAAAUUUAAUAGAUAGAGAUAAUAUUUCAUUAUUUAUUGCAUCGUUUAAUUGAAUUUCACAUUCGAUAGAUGAAUUUGAUUAUGAGUUAUUAUUGGAUAUGGUGAUGUAAAUUGAUGGAUCGAUCUAAUACAAUAAAUCAUUGAGAAUAUA